CACAUUUUCGACUCCAACCAAUGCAAAUGCAAACAAUCACCAGCUAGUGGCUACCAGUACUUCUGAGUACAUGAUGUAGUUGCAUGUUGCAUGCUUGAAAGACCCACAUCAUCAGCCAUCUUGCAGACGCAUCUCCAACCACCGUGCUUCCGAAUGGUGGAGCUAGCACAACCAGCCAGCAUCACACAAUCAAGACGGAGUACAAGUAAGAAAUUCAACCGUGUGAGAUAGUUUGAUAUUGAAAGAACGACCAACAAACCCAUCGAAUCAAAUUGAAUUGGCAAGAUGGCCUCCACCAUGAAGAAGGUUCCGUCCAAUCCUGCGCUCUAUCAGCAACUUGAUGAGUCGUCCUGGCUUUGGACGCCUCCUGGGGCACACCGGAAAAGAUUUGCCCCACACGACUUUGCAGGCUACGGAUCCUACAAUGUUCGAACGACACCCGCUCAUUCCGAAAUGGAACGCAUCGACGAAAACUUGCAAGUCGUCGAAAGUCGCAAGGUUCUCUUGAAGGAACUCGAGGCAACGGCCAUUUCGGGAAACGACAUUUUGAGUUCCACCUUUUAUGUUAGUGGACUCGUUACCCUGUCGGCCGGCAAGUUGGCGCCGCUCUGUCUAUUACUCGUGGGGGUCAUCCUCUAUCUGUUUCGUGGAAUCUAUCAUGAAACCGUCAUGGCGCUGCCCUGUAAUGGUGGAACCUACAAUAUUCUAUUGAACUGCACAUCCAAGCAGGUCGCGUCCAUGGCGGCAGUCUUUGCCAUUAUCGCCUACAUUACCACCGGAGUGGUAUCAGCCCUGGAAGCCAUUGCAUACCUCCAAACGGUCCUACCCGUGGGGUGGGAAAUUGAUGCUCAAUGGGCAACCAUCUUGCUCCUCUUUUUCUUUUGCUGCUUGACCAAUCUUGGAAUGCAAGAAAGUGCCACAUUUGCCAAAGUUGUCUUUGUCCUGCACGUCGCAACACUGUCUCUAUUGACCACCUUGGGAGUGGUUCACAUGGUCUGCAAUCCUGGAUUGAUCUGGGAGAAUUGGGAUACACCCUAUCCCUCCGUCGAUGUCGCCGGUGACAUGCUGCCGGGAACCUUUUGGAUGGCAGUGUUCUAUGGCUUUAGUUCCGCCAUGUUGGGUGUUUCAGGAUUCGAAACCAGUUCGCAGUUUGUCGAAGAGCAGGCACCUGGAGUCUUUCCCAAAACGCUCAGAAAUAUGUGGGCCGGCGUCUUUUUCUUCAAUCCUCUCCUCAGUUUGAUCAGUUUCUCCUGUCUCCGCCUCGAUGAAAUCAUGGAACACAAGGAUACAGUGUUGGCCCGGACCGCACAUGUGGUGGGUGUCUGGGUGCAGAAUUCACUCCAUUUCCCAGAUCAUUACCAGUUUGGACCCUUCUUGUCGGUCUUGGUCUCGGUCGAUGCCUUUGUCGUCUUGGCGGCGGCUCUCUUGACGGGAUACGUUGGAAUCAAUGGGUUGAUUCGACGCAUGGCCAUGGACCGGUGUCUGCCACAAUUCUUCUUGCGACAGAAUCCCUGGACCGGCACAGAUUCCUUCAUUCUCGUGGGAUUCUUUCUCUUGUGCGUCUCUCAAGUUGUUGCAUUGGACAGCGACGUAGAAGCUCUCGGAGGAGUCUACUGUUUCGCCUUUCUUUCCGUCAUGACAAUCUUUGCUUGCGGAAACAUCAUCCUCAAAGUCAAGCGACCGUCCUUGCCACGAGAGAUUUCCGUAUCGUGGACCCAUUCCAUUGUUGGAUUGAUCGGAGUGUUGAUCGCGUUGAUGGGAAAUAUCCUCGGAAAGCCAGAGCUGUUGACUUAUUUCUUUGUCUAUGUCUUGAUUGUCGGCCUCCUUGUGCUCGUCAUGUUCCAACGGGUAAGAAUCAUGCGCCUCGUCUACAAAGUAAUGAAAAGUGGAGAAUCAAAGAACGACGCAACCGAUGAUGAUGAUGAUGCGGACGAAAUGGAAGACAUCCUCAAAAGCCCAGCAAUCGUGCGAAAGAUGAGCAGAGGAAUUGCAGGAGACGACGAAGAGCUCGCCACGAAACCUACGGGGGAACAGGAUCUGCUCCUACCACCGCCGCCACCAGCGAGCAAACCAUCAUGCCUGUCCGCUCUUUCUACCGAGUUGAAGAAGGUUCAAGAUGUACCUUUCAUCUUUUAUUGCAAGCAUGAUGACUUGCAUAUGCUGAACAAGGCUGUUUUGUACAUCCAGGUCAACGAGCAAACCAACAAAAUCAUUAUUGUCCAUUGUGCCGACUACAAUCAACAGAACGUGACAUCGCUAACCGAGCAUGUGAAGCUUUUGGACUUGCUCUAUCCGCGCGUAAAAAUCAGCCUCCUGAUCGUCAACAGCCAAUUCAAUGCUGCAACAGUGGAAUGGUUGAGUCAAGCACUGAAUGUCCCAAUCAACGCCAUGUUCAUCAGUUGCCCUGAUUCGAACUUUGCAAUGAAAGUCAGCCAGCUGAGAGGAAUGAGAAUAAUAGCUUCAUAUGACUAAACAAUAACCAAUGUAUAGCUUCAUCGAAAGGUAAACAUCUCUCCUGCACUGACUGUCAAUUCACCUGUCACCAAAACGACAUAUCCUUCAUGCAGCGGAGUGCUGGAAUCAUUGCUGGCUCAAUGUGCACCUUUUGAGCGGGAGUGAAGGAGUCUUGAUCGUACAUGUAUUGGGCUUUCUUGAAGGCCAGUACUUUCUCUGACGCAAAGCGAGAAGCCAAGUCAAGAGCCCAUGAGCCAUAGUCGCCAAGGUUAAAUCGAACGUGCACAAUGAAGGUGUCCACAUCGGCGAGCGAGGUCCAUCAGAGCGGCAUCGUCCUAUUGUCCGAUGCAAAAGAAGGCCUUGUCGUAUCCAACACAAGCACCUUUGACGGGCUACCGUACCGGUUUGUAACACCGGUGGUACCGGUUACGGUACCUAAAAAGUAAUGCAUCCUUUCUAAAAGCCAAGAGCUCCAAAGUUAUUCCCACUUUGGUAGUGGGACUCAGCAUUGAAGGCACAAAGCUUGGGAGGAACCAUGAAGACCGCAGCAGCACACCAGUAGCUGCACCAGCACCAUCACCACCAAAUCCUUGACACUUGACAGCUUGACAGAUCUGGCUCGAGUGACGAGACGAGUGACUCAGUCAGCUAGAUUGCUUACAUAAAUAAAUGUACAUGUAGCUCCUCAGGGGUCCGAUGACUACCAGGUACAUACAAUGUCAAGCACUCUCCAAAGCUCCAAAGUCCGCGAAGCGGCAACAGGUACCAGGUACCCGUACCAGCAAAACCACCUGAUCCUUGACAGCUUGACAGAGUCGAUGACUCAGUCGAUGCCCGACUCAGUCAGCCAGAUUUGCUCACAUACCGGUACCUGCACCCUUAACAGGGGUAUGGGGCAACUUAUGGAUUUCGUUACAGUGUUUCUCAAUAUGCGUAUUAAAGCUCGAUCGGAGCGACCAUGACGCCUUCUCUACCGCUAAUACAACAACAGGCGACUACUACUACCACAACAAGCAACAGGCAGCGACGCCUCGACAACUGGCACUGGCAACAAGUUUCUUCCGUUCGACGGUUCGAUGGCUCGAUUCGAUCGACGGCUCGAUUUGGAGCGACGACGACUCUUCCGGCAGAGGCAAGACAAGGAAAGCUGGAAGGCUCCUUCUACUGCUACUACAAAAGGAACAAGCGGCAGCUACUCUACUACGAUUUUGACUUGUCGACUGACUACAAGCAACAAAUCUGCUCCAUUUUUGUGGAUAUCAAGUCAACAAUUCUCCUUUGAAACUUUGAAUUGGGGGCUCCAGUCUCCAUGCAGAGCCACCCACUCCUCUACUCUACAGUGCAGAUUGAGUGCCGAGAGUGAGGACUGGAGCACCUUUCCCAUGGAGAAAUGCAUGGCAGAAUGACAACAAAAUGGAAUCCAGGCCUGACUUUUUCAUAGAUGCUCCAUAGGAAACCUUGGAGAUAGCUGAGUCCCUUCACGGUGUGGCUCUGUGAGUGUGUUGGGGAGCUAGUCCUCUGACAGACUCAGCUAGAACAAUGUAAUGGUAGAGCUAUGCAUAGAGACCAUUGGCCAACACUGUUGCCAUGCUGGUAAAAUUGAUCUUUCUUUGUUCUUUGUUAUUCUGCGAACCAACUAACUGUUACAUGUACAGUCGUAUUCACAACGGAAUGGUGAAAUGACUACAUGUACUUCCGGGUUCCCAUUUCCGAAAACCGAAACAUAACCGUAAACAAACGCUCACAUUUUACACCUGUCAACAGUAAAUAAAGUCAUCCUGUAUGUGAGUGACUUGGUUAUUUAACA